AUGACCCCCGGUGGAGAUCAGGAAGGAGACAGAGCCAGCUCUGCCGUCAGCGGCUGUACUACCGUCCUAGUGGUGGGUGCAGGACCGUCAGGUUUGAUGCUCGCAUGCAACCUUGUCCGAUUCGGCAUCGACGUAACUAUCAUUGAUAAUCGAGCUGAUAAGACAUCCACUGGCAAAGCGGACGGCCUGCAACCCAAGACUAUUGAAACGCUUAGACAGCUUCGACUGGCAGAUUCACUAGUAAAGAAUGCCGCGCGUGUAUACGACAUCGUAUUUUGGAAAUCGAACCCUGAUGAGCCACUCCGACGAACUGCUCGCCAGACGCAUUAUCCGGACAACCUAGUGGGCGCAUCCGAUCCAUACAUUCUUUUAGUUCACCAGGGAAUGCUCGAGGAGGUAAUGAUAGAUGACAUGGAAUCUAGAGGUGUCUCAGUCCAGCGAAACAGCCGAUUUUUAUCCUGCAUGCGCACAACUGGAACACACCAUUUGAAUGUCUCCUAUGAGGACCUAUCUACCAAGCAGAUUAAGAAGAUACGAACCGACUACUUGAUAGGAUGCGAUGGAGCUCGGUCCAAAGUUCGAAACUUUAUCCCAGAUGCCUAUCUCGAAGGUGACAUAACCAAUGAGUCGUGGGCAGUGUUAGAUGGUGUCAUUGAUACCGACUUCCCCGAUCUGUGGAGCAAGGUUAUUGUCCGCUCUCACACGGUCGGAUCAAUUCUCUGGAUUCCACGCGAGCGCAACAUGACACGGCUGUAUGUCGAGUUAAGCCCUACGGAUAGUGAAAAGGUAGAUAAAUCCAUGGUGACAACGGAAUAUGUUAUGCAGCGCGCAAGAGCAGCGAUGCACCCGUACAGCCUUAAGUGGAGAACAGUGGAGUGGUUCGGAAAUUAUGUUGUAGGGCAGCGAGUAGCGAGGCAAUUUAUGGAUCCGGACAUGAGGAUCUUUAUUGCAGGUGAUGCCGGCCAUUGCCAUUCUGCGCUGGCUGCCCAAGGAGCCAACACCAGCAUGCACGACAGCUUCAAUCUGGCUUGGAAGCUGAAUCUCGUCAUUCGUGGCCUGGCUCAUCCAUCAUUGCUCUCCACCUACGCAGCAGAGCGCCAGAAAAUUGCCUACGAUCUUAUUAAUUUCGAUACAGAACACUGCAAAGCAUUCUCGGUGGGUGAUAUUGCCCUGGCUAAGAACUUCGAGGACAACAUCCGGUUUAUCUCAGGGCUCGGAACAGAGUAUUCCCCAAGUAUAUUAACACAGAAUUUGCGCCCAUAUCUAAGCCAGCUGCGACCGGGCAUGUUGCAGUUACCAGCGAAGGUUACUCGGUAUAUUGACGCGAACCCGGUUGAUAUUCAAUUGGAUAUACCACUCCUCGGUCAAUUCAAGCUCUAUUUCUUUGUUCCAAAUAUUCGACAUACGAUGCCUUUCUUGACGACUGUAUGCGAGCGUCUGGCUCGCAUUGCAUCUCUAGGCCAUGUUGGUCAAUCCUAUCAGAAUUGUCCCCGGAAGGAGGCGCCAUCAGAUGUGUUUCAACAGCUACAGCGAUAUGUUACUGUUUCAGAUGUCCUUACGUAUGCGAUGGUGACACGAUCGCCCAGAGCAGACUUUGAGAUUACCGAUUUGCCCCAAAUACUUCGGCAAAGUAGAUGGACGCUGUAUCUUGACGAUAUCAGCACCCCGGGAUGUAUUUCCCAGUGGUGGGGAUUUCUGGCAAGUGAAAAAUCGGGUGUAGCAAUCGUAAGACCCGACGGAUACGUGGGGGCAUUGCAUGACUGGAAUGCAGAAGAGGGCGAGCAGGCCACGCAGUGGAUAGAGGACUACUUUUCCUUUAUCUUGCUUAGCGUACAAAAAUUGACCACGUUAGGCUUUGUCAGUUUAUCCCUCUACAUGGAGGCAACUCCACAUUACCUAGAUUUGAGAUUAACAAUGGGUUCCAUCUCUUCUACUACCGGUCCGCUCUUUGAGCCUCUUCGUCUUGGUGCUCUGUCCCUCGAGCAUCGGAUCGUUCACGCUCCCUGCACUCGUAUGCGAUCAACCAAAGAAUCUGACGGCGUGUUUGUCCCUAAUAGCCUUAAUAUCGAAUACUACUCUCAGCGCGCAUCUCGAGGCGGUCUGAUGCUAACAGAGGCAACUCCUAUUAGUAGACAAGCCGCCGGAUACCCAGGAGUUCCUGGAAUCUUUACUUCUUCGCAAGUUGCUGGUUGGAAGAAGGUCACCGAUGCAGUACAUGCUAAACAUGGAUAUAUUUUUUGUCAACUGUGGCAUGUCGGCCGUGCCACCGUGCCUUCAUUUAUUGAAGGAAAGCAACCUCUUAGUGCCAGUGAUAUUCCCAUCAGUGGCAAAGCGCUCGAUGGCAUUGAGUACGCCACUUCACCACCUCGACCUAUGACAGUCGAAGAGAUUCAGGAAACGGUGCAAGAAUAUGCCACGGCAUCAAAAAGGGCGAUUGAAGCGGGGUUUGAUGGAGUCGAGAUCCACGGUGCAAAUGGCUAUCUACUCGACCAAUUCCUGCACGAUAACGUGAACAAUCGUACGGACGAAUAUGGAGGAUCCAUAGAUAAGCGAUCUAGAAUUAUACUCGAAGUACUCCAAGCGGUCAGUGCGGCCAUCGGAGCCGACCGCGUGGGAAUCCGUCUGUCUCCAUUCAACUACUUCCAGGACACGCGCGACUCUAACCCAAAUGUGCACUGGCUAGCAUUAUGCAGCCAUAUUACCGCUCUACCGAAGGAGUCCCGGCCAGCAUAUGUGCACAUGAUUGAGCCUCGUUUCGACGAGGUGCUAGAUGAACGGGCCAAGCUCGAUUCGUUGGCCACAGACAAGCCGUCUCUGGAUAUCUUCCGACCUGUGCUGAAGAAAGGAGAUGUAGCAUUCUUAGCAGCAGGCAACUUCAAUCUACAGAAUGCGGGCCCGAAAUUGACAAGCGAUGGGGCAGAUGCGGUCGCGUUCGGCCGGCUGUUUAUCUCAAACCCAGAUUUGCCUCGAAGAGCGAUGAAAGACUUACCAUUGAACCCGUAUGAUCGGUCUACAUUUUACGGGGCGGAUCCACCGGAGAAGGGAUAUAUUGACUACCCAUUCUACGGUACAUAG